AUGUCCCUGCUUUCCUUCUGUGACAUAUGCAAAACUUGGUUGUUUAACAGCAGUGGAGGUGCAGGUUUAGACGACUGCCAGGCCCCAGCUCCCACAGGCCAGAAGACACACGUGUACGAUACGCAUGCGCCCGACGGGACACGCCCGCCCCUCGGGCUGAACCCCUUUAGCCAAGUCACCAAUCAGGCGGCCCUCGGGGCAAAACCCUCGGCCAAUGGGGAGGCUGUAGUCAUCACCCCCGCCUCCGCCCCCGCCCGCCGCCCGCCCCUCGGCCCCCCGACAGCGGCGGGCGGAGCGAGGCACGCAGGCGCGCGCGGCCUCUCUCGUCGGCAGCCCGCCCUCCCUCACUCCCCUCCCUCCCCGCCCCUCUCCCUCCUCUCCGGGCCUGCGCGCGUCCCGCGCCCGCACGCGCCGCCGCCAGCUGAGCCCUCGCGCUGCCGCCUCGGCCCGCGCGUGCCUUUCCCCGGGCUGAGGCGAAGGCGGGACCCUGCCCUGCUGCCGCGGCGCGCGGUGCCCGGGCGGCUCGGCCCGCGGACGGAGCCGCGCGCCCCGCUGCCCGCGCCUCGGCGCCCCCGCGGGGCCGGGGCGGCGCCGCGCCCGGCCGCGUGA